AUGCAACGACCGACGUUAGAAAGCGUUCGUGUGCGCUCCACAAGAGACGCUCUUCAAGUCUUUUAUGGAGUCGCCACAAACAAAUUGCCUCUCAUCACUCGUCGCCUCGAUGCGGAAGAACGGCGAGCAAUCGUUCCUGGAAAUGUAUAUGUCUGGGAGGAACGUGGCGCCAACACCGAGACGAUAGGCAUCGGUAUGGAACGCUGGACUGACGGGAUGGGUUGGGGACCAAGUAGAGUUCGAGAUGAAUUUCUUUUUUAUCACCAAAAAGAAUCCGAUGUUGAGGACGAUCCUUCAAACCCUGUCACUCCUUGGGCCCAGCUGUUGAGGAGACGUGACUCUUCACAUCUGGCAAGGAGCGGGAAGUCCGAACCUGAACGUCUGGUCAAGCAAACAUACAGCGUUCACGUUUCACUGCCCACCGAUCGACCGCAAGGAAUCGUCAGAAAAUGGCAUUUAACUGCUUAUUUCAGUCAAGAAGGCCUCAAUCGACUCGCCACCAUCGAUAGUAUUCGUGGAAUAGGUGAUGUUCCAGUACCAGAAGGCAUUUUUAGAAGCGCUCGUGCCAGCAAAAUGCGACGGGACCCACGGGAGGGACUAAGCCCCAUUGACAUUCAGCCAUCCGACGUCGGGGAGGCAUACUACCCUAGCGAAGAUGGGCACUCUUACUCCCCACGGCUACCAGGACAUCAUCCGACAAUGCCAGUCCCUUCAAUAGGGUAUCAUAGACCUGCUUCAUCUAGCUCGUCAAAUAACUCUAGUCCGGUGUCCGUCAAUUCGUCCCUCGGCCUGCCUGGCCCCAGACACGGAUAUUUAGUUCCUCUGGAACACCUACAAAAUGCAUCUUCCCCUAGACGAGAUCCCGCCGAUGAACAACUCCUACGACGCUUUAGCCAUGGACGGUAUUUCCCCAGUUGA